CUGCCGCGGCUCGUCCCGCCCGACUCGCCCGGCGUCACCAUCCGCGGCCACAUCUUCCCGCCUGGCACCGUGCUCAGCGUGCCGAUGUACUCGGUCCACCACUCGGCCGACAUCUGGGGCCCCGACGCCGGUGAGUUCCGCCCCGGCCGCUGGGACGCGCUGACGCCCGAGUUUUGA